AUGGCUACAUGCACAGUUGUGUCUUCGGGUGUUAAUGCACCUUCGUUAGUCAAACUACGCGCGCCAUUUCAGAAUGAUAAGCAAAAUGAAAGUUAUCUUUCGCAAAUUAUUCUUGUUAUUGAUCGAUCGGGAUCGAUGAGUGGAGGCCCAUGGAGACAAGUUCAAUCAGCUGUUAAAGCAAUACACGAGAUGAGCCAAUUGGUUGGACAAGAUCCUAGUCAGCAACCAAUUGUCAUUACAUAUAACGAUAGUGUAUCGAUCACAGAUUUAGCUGCGAUCGCCUUUACAACAGCAAGUGGAUCGACCGAUUUUGUGAAAGUAUUUGAACAAAUUAGAAAGACUGUGAAGGAGUUGGGUACUGAAAAACGAAUUGUCAUAAUUUUUAUGACCGAUGGAUGUGAUUCUUGUAAUCGUCCAGGUGCAAUCCAAGAUGCUCAAACGAAAAUGAGUGCAUUUUUAAAAAAAUUGCAGACAAACUCGGUUGUCCAUGUCAUUGGGUAUUCGGCUGACCAUGAUUUAAACAUGAUGAUGGCGUUGAAAAGUUUAGGUACAACCGAAGGUAUCUAUCGAUAUGCACAAGGUUCAGUAGGUCUCGAUGAGAAAUUUCGUGAACUAUUCGAAUUCGCUGAUACAGCAGUUGAGUUUUUGAUUGAAUUACCCGGUAUCAAAGAACCAAUUAAAAUCACUGGUGAAAUGACGGAUGUAGAUCAUGUCGAAGCAGAAUGUUGGUUAUCUUUGGUGGACAACAUCAAAUUGCCAAUUCAAAUUAACAUCGCAGGCAACCAGUAUCAUGUUGUACCAGAAUAUAGUGAACCAGAUACGAUUUUUCAUCUGAAAACUUUGUCUAGACGUGCUACAGAGGUGACUACUCAACAGGAAUUGGAUGAAAUUCAAAGCGAAUUACAAGGUAUUAAAAUGUUUGGAAGCAGCGUUGGAGGAAGUAAAACUGAUCGACGAUUGGCUAUGGAAUUCCGUGCUGAACUUCAAACACGUUUAGACGCUAUACAUGCUAUCAUGGCAGACAUCGCACGAGGUACGUUAAAUCAGACGGCAGCAUUGGCCAAAAUGAAUGAUUUAAGAUACGCAGAUAAAUUUUCGAAAUCAUCACGCCAACGACGAAUGAACCAACGCGCUGUUCGCAAUCAGGCAAGUCUGCAGUUAAUCGAUUCUAAACUUGAUGGACUGAAAUUCGAUGAAAACACAGUCUUCGAUAACAUAGACUUGGUCACUUUUACGUGCUGUUUAACAUUAAACAAUUGCCGAGAUAUGAUGGUCGAUAGUCGCGAUGAUAUAAUGGGUGUUGGUCUUGUUGUUGAACGACAAGAACAUGUUGUCGACGCGCCAACAUUGAUCUCAGUGAAAGAUGUAUCUGUUACAAUUCUUUCUCGUUCGGCAUGUGAUGAUGCGAUUAAAAUGAAAAUCAAUAUUGGUGAUGCUGCUCAACUUCAUGGAGGUUUUAUUCCGUCGAAAACGAAUGCACCGACGACUAGUACUAACCUAACUUCGAAAAAUCCGACUCAACAAAAGUCAGAAUUUACUCGAGGUGUGGCUGCUGAGCCUAUCAAUACAUUUCUACCUCUCUACAUAUGUGAUGCACAUUUCGAACGUGUUCAGGUAAUGUUAGAACCAACGCUCGGCUAUUUAUUUACACUUGAUAUUAGUGGUUAUAAAGAUGAUCAAUUACUUGGUCUUUAUUCUAUUCUUGGACAAAUGAUGAAUGCCAGUCGAGAAAAUGGGUCUGAACGAGAAGAAAUCAUUCUUCAUGAAUUUACGCGCUUGUGCCAUGCACUUCUUCCACGAACACUUCAAUAUCUUGGUGCAGAGAAUGAUUUGUUGAAGAAGUUCAUGGGUGGACCAACUGGCCGCAGUAAAGCGCACAUUCAAAACAUGAUGACACUCUUCGGCUACAUCCAUGCAUCGGGCAUCAAAACUAUUGAUGAUACACUUCGCUAUGCCAUUGUCGAAGAGUUAUAUCGACGACAUUUCGCCUACAUCUAUCACGGUACAUCAGAAAAUGUAGUUGUCGAACAUCUACAAGGGUUAUUAUACGGUACGGAUGACGAUGUUAAUGCUAGUAAUUCUGAAGAUAUCGACAUUCAGAGUAUAUCGUAUGUGAAAACUAAAAAUACUCGAACAAAUGAUGGUCGAUUCGGUGCGUAUGCUCGAUCGGUAUUGAAAUUAAAUGCAAACACUUCUCAAGCUCCGACUGAAGACCUCACCAUUGAAUUCGAGAUACCCGAAAGACCAAUCAGUGAAAUGAAUGAUAAAGUUCGUUCGAAAAUGAAUGAAUUACUAUCAUCUUUUUCAACGAAACCAAUUCAAAACGUUCUCAAUCGAUUAGGCAUUCGUAUGAUGGAUAUGUCGGAUGAACAAGAAUGUCUCAUACUUCGAUCCAUGCUUGUUCAAUGCCUUCGUUUUCACUCGAACGAAUCAAUUAAUUCUUCUGUCUUGGAUAAAACAUUUUUCAAUGCUCAAACCGACUACCGAAAGAUUCUCACCGUUGCGCACGAAGAAUUCGACUCCAACCGUCAACGGCUAUCAGCAAAUAAAGUCGAACAAAUACGUGCGUUAGAAUUGGCACGACGAGCAGUGUUAACCAAUGACAUUGGCGUGUUUCUUGGAAGAAUGAUGGUCUAUGCACCCACACGCGGUGGAAAAAUAUUCGAUACGAUCAUGAGCUUAUUGUUAGAUCGAAGUCAAAAACAAGUGCCUUUAUUAUCAAUGAAAAUAUCCAUCAUUUUUACUGGUCGUUACAAAGAACAUAAAGAUGCAGAAAAAGAAUUCGAUGUUAUCAGUAAUGGCCUCGCUUGGUUUCCUGAUCGGUCCAUCAUUAAUCGUGUUCGAGAAGUGUUAGCCGACGAAUGGGAUAAUUUAGACCGUUUAAUGAACGGUCGUACUUGUGGACAUGUUUACCGUCUUUCGGACAUUCCUAAUCGUCAUGGUUACCAUAAUUCACAUCCUAAUCCCAAAUUAGUUGUUCAAUGGAACUCAUAA